AUGUCUGGAAGCUUCAAGUUCUCGAACUUGUGUGGUACGGUCUACCGCCAAGGGAAUAUUAUAUUCACCUCUGAUGGCAAUACAAUCUUAAGUCCAGUGGGGAACCGCGUGUCCGUAUUCGAUCUAGUCAAUAACAAGUCGAGGACACUACCAUUCGAGAAUAGAAAGAAUAUUGUAGCUAUUGCUCUUAGCUCCAACUCGAACUUGCUAAUAUCUGUUGACGAAGGCAAGUACUUUGUGGAUGGGAGGGCAUUGCUUGUCAACUUCCGAAUGGGGGUUGUCCUGCAUCACUUUAACUUUAAAAAGCCUGUGCAAGCAAUUAAAUUUUCUCCCGAUUCAAAAUACAUAGCUGUUUCACACGAGUCUCACGUACAAGUGUGGAAGACUCCGAACCAUUUGUUGCGAGAAUUUGCCCCGUUCGUGCUACACAGAACCUAUACCGGCCACCACGACGAGGUCAUUAGCAUUGAAUGGUCAAAGGAUUCCAACUUUUUCCUUACAACUUCUCGCGACAUGACUGCACGAUUGUUCUCACUGAAUCCGAUCGAGGGGUUUCGACCAAAGACUUUUGCGGGGCACCGUGACAUUGUGAUCAACGCAUACUUCUCUGAGGAUCAUCGUACUGUAUACACCAUCAGUCGUGACGGAGCGGUGUUCACAUGGCGAGAGAAGGCCGGCAUGGAUGAUGAUGAAACCAACAGCGAAACUACAUUGCAACACCCAGGCCCCUCUUCUGGGUCGCCGAUGCUCCACACCAUUGCCCAUACAAGGUGGGGCAUUAGUGAGCGACACUAUUUUAACCAAAACAACACCAAAGUAGUAUGCACUACAUUCCAUCCGGGGCUGAACUUCCUCAUUGUCGGAUUUUCUACUGGUUUUUUCGGAUUUUGGGAAAUGCCAAGUUUCAACAAUAUUCACACUUUGAGUAUCUCCCAAGAGCGCAUAUCUUCGGUUGCCAUUAACCCGAGUGGAGAAUGGAUAGCGUUUGGCGCCAAGAAACUUGGACAGCUGCUCGUUUGGGAAUGGCAAUCCGAAUCCUAUGUCCUGAAGCAGCAAGGUCAUUAUUUCGAUAUGAACACACUCUCGUUCUCCCAGGAUGGGCAAAACAUCGCGACUGGGGGCGACGAUGGCAAGGUCAAGGUCUGGAACACCAGGUCUGGAUUCUGUUUUGUUACAUUCACCGAGCAUACAUCUGCAGUAUCUAUGGUCGAGUUUGCGAAACAGGGACAGAUCCUUUUUACCGCCUCUCUCGAUGGGACUAUUCGCGCGUACGACCUCGUCCGAUAUCGGAAUUUCAGAACGUUUACAUCCCCGUCGCCAGUUCAAUUCUCGAGUUUGGCUGUUGACCCUAGCGGCGAAGUAGUCGCUGCAGGAUCGACGGAUUCCUUCGAAGUGUUCAUGUGGUCUGUUCAAACCGGGAAGCUGCUCGACAUUUUCACGGGUCACGAGGGUCCAAUUAGCUCGCUCGCGUUUUCGCCUACCGGUAAUCAGCUUGCUUCCGCCUCUUGGGACAAAUCCGUCCGUAUUUGGGAUGUCUAUGGUCGUUCGCGUGCCGUGGAACCAUUCCAACUUGGCUCCGAGGCGCUCGCGCUUGCGUUCAGGCCGGAUGGUCAAGAGCUCGUGGCAACUAGUCUCGAUGGACAAGUCUUUUUCUGGGACGUUGGAUUGGGAAAACAGAUCAACGUUAUCGAGGCGCGAAGGGACAUUUCAGGUGGACGAAAAGCUGGCGAUCGCAUGACUGCAGCCAACUCUUCCUCUGGAAAAUCUUUCAACAGCAUUGCAUACACAGCCGAUGGCAAGUCCAUCAUCGCGGGCGGUAACAGCAAAUACGUCGUUAUGUAUGACGUACAGGAGGGAGUUAUGAUCAAGAAAUUCCAAAUUUCAGAAAACUUGUCGCUCGAUGGUAUUCAAGAAUUCCUCGACAGCCGCAAGCUCACAUCGGCUGGGCCAGAAGAAUUGAUCGAUAUGCAGGGCGAUGAGAGCGAGCUCGAGGAUCGAAUCGAUCAUUCCUUGCCUGGAACACAGCGUGGUGAUUUAUCUAAGCGCAGGACACGCCAAGAAGCACGUACGAAAUGCGUGCGCUUUUCUCCUACAGGUCGCUCAUGGGCCGCUGCUUCUACCGAGGGCCUCUUGAUUUACUCGCUCGACGAUACCAUUGCCUUUGAUCCGUUCGAUAUCGACCUUGAUAUCACACCACAAUCUGCACUUGAAGUUUUGUCCAGUAGGGACUACUUGAAGGCCUUGGUCAUGGCAUUUAGACUCAACGAGAAACCUCUCCUGCAAAAAAUAUUCGAGUCGAUACCUUCCAGCGACAUUCGUCUCAUUGCUCGUCAGAUACCUUCCGUAUACCUCCCAUCACUUCUUCGAUUCGUUGGAGAACACGCCGAAAGCUCUCCUCACAUGGAAUUCGACCUCAUUUGGAUAAACUCGCUCUUGACCGCUCAAGGGCGGUAUCUUCGCGACCACUCGGGCGAGUAUGCAAGUAUCUUCAGGCUCCUGCAAAAGGGAAUGUUGGACUUCCAGCAAUCUAUCUCUCGAACAUGCGACGACAAUUCGAGUACAUUGCGAUACUUGAUUGACCAAUCUCGAAUCAAGAACAAGGAUUCGACAAGCUCGAAUCAAAACUUGACCAUGAUGGACAUUAUGACAUGA